CCAGUGUCUCCUGUCCCGUCUUUAUUUUGGAUCCGAGCUUGCGCACUGAGCGCCUCCAUUGUCUGGCCAGCAGCAGCAGCAGCAGCAGCAGCAGCGGCGGCGGAGCGGAGAGCAGCGGAGCGCCGAUCUGAGCGCAGGGGAGCGGCUCACUGUGACCCUGAUCUACGGGGAGAAAAGCGACCGCUGGCUGGAGACCCCCACGGACGACGACGUCACAUUUUUUUUGGGGGGGGGGGUGCAGGACAGACCGUCGUUUUGCGGCGGUCAGACAGACAGCAACAGUUGUCACGAUGUCUGAGAUCAGAUGAGGCGAGAGCAGCGGAGUGAACAUUGCGGCGCUGUUGUGAUUCGGGCCGAACGUGUUGCUGCCGCGUCCUGCCUGCAAUGAUACAGCCGUCUUAACCACCUGGGGCAGCAAGGGGAGUGUGGUGUCACCUACAUCUACGUGUCAUUCUGGGCUUUCGGCGUCACUCAGCUUGUCAGACCAUCCCCUGGUUGUGUCGAGGUCUUGUCUGCGGGUGAGGUGAAUCCAGACGUCAGGGCGGGCUCAUGUUCCGCUCAGCAGGGAAACGGGCUGUUGCGUCUGCAGAGAGUCAGAGCUGACGAGCCUGCUCAGACACACGGACAGACAGGCAGGCAGGCAGGCAGGCAGGCCGAGAGACAGACAGGAGCGAGGGGAGGGGGCGACAGCCUGUUUCGGCUCUCUCGACCCUUUGCGGAUCGAGCCGAGCCCCCUCCUGGUAUCCACCCAGAACCCCCACCCACUUGUCUCCCGCUUUGGAUGGGGGGUAAGCAGAGCACGGCGGGGCGUCCGGGUGCUUUUCCCGGUGUCUCCACCGAUGACAGCGCGGUGCCACCCUCGGCCCACUUCGGCCACUACCGGCCGAGUGGCACCAUGGGCCUGCGGAGUCGCUCGGUGAGCUCCGUGGCCGGGAUGGGCAUUGAUCACAGUGCCGCCGUGCCCUUCGGCUUCUACACCCCGAGAGGGACGGACUCUGAUCGAGCCGGAGGGGGGUCAGGUGGCACUACAGCCGCCCCCCACGGUACUGGCUUCCAGGACACUCGGGGCGGAGGUCACCACACGGACGGGGUACUCUAUUUGGGGUCCCGGGGGUCGCUGGCUGACACCUUGCCCCUGCACAUCGCACCCCGCUGGUUCAGCGCGCACAGCGGAUUCAAGUGUCCUGUCUGCUCCAAGUCUGUGGCGUCCAACGAAAUGGAAGUUCACUUCAUCAUGUGUCUAAGCAAGCCUCGCCUCUCCUACAAUGAUGAUGUGUUGGCGAGGGAUGCCGGUGAGUGUGUGAUUUGUCUAGAGGAACUGCAGCAAGGGGACACCAUAGCCAGACUGCCGUGCCUCUGCAUCUACCACAAAAGCUGUAUAGACUCGUGGUUUGAGAUCAAUCGGUCCUGCCCUGAACACCCCUCUGACUGACUGACCACCAGGCCCAUUAUGAACACUGUUCAAGGUGAGAAAAAGAACACACA